AUGAAGCUGUGGAAGUCGAAGAAAAGUGUCAGCGCUGGCUCCAGCAGCAACGGUACGACCAGCUGCGUAUCUAGCUCGGGCAGUACGCUCAAGAAUGGCGGCAGCAUGCUGUCGAAAACGUGCAAGUUUAGCAACGGUAACAGUGGCAGCAAUCAAAGUAGCAGCAGCAGCAGCAGCAGCAGCAGCAGCAGCAACGGUAGCAGCAAUGGUCACAGCAGCAGUGCGCUCGAUGACAGCAGUGCCGAAACAUCCUUCAUCAACCAGGGCAGCACCGUACCGGGUUCGGGUGGUGAGCCGGGGUCGGGCGUUGGUGGUAUGGUUUCCGCUAUGGUUCAGCACUCAACCGGAAACAUGUUUUCGGCAAGUGAUCGCGCAAUGAGUCCAGCCCAGUCGGAAGACUCGGGAUUGGCGGCAGAUCGUGGGACAACGUACGCGACGAUCUCGGUACCGCGCGACAAUGGACAGAUCGGUAUCGUGUUGGCAGAGCGUAGCGAUCUCUCCUUUCCGCCGAUGGUGGAAUCCAUCAAUGGUCCCGUAGCCGAUCUGCUCGCACCCGGCGAUCGCAUCCAUCAGGUCGACGGUGUAUCAACGAUCGGGCUGACAAACCAACACAUCUUCAGCAUACUGUGUCACGGCGAGGGCCCAGCAAUCAUCGAGAUAGAAUAUUCGUUCCCCGAGUACAUUUCACAGAACAGUCUCUGCGUGACGACAAAGAUCGCACAGAUCACGGUGGAGCGGGAAAAUGGUUGCCUGGGGCUGACGCUGCGCGGUGGCGGCGAGUACCCGCUGGUGGUGACGAAUGUACGCAUGAACGGGCCCGUAUUUAAGACGGGCCAAAUCAAACCGGGCGAUCGGGUGCUGCGUGUGGACAAUGUAUCGCUACUCAACAAAAGUCUUGCCGAGGCGCAACACAUACUGAAGGAUGUGCACGUGUCGGGCUACACGAACCUCACGAUCGAGUAUGACGUGUCGGUGAUGCAGACGGUCGAGCUGAGCAUGGGACCGUUGCUGUUGGAGAUUGAGCGUCCGCUCAAUGAAAAGCUUGGCCUGAUCCUGAGCAAUUACUCCAGUGCGGUGAACCUAAACGAUAUCUAUCACAGCAGCUACAAGCUAAAUGAGGUGCAACCGGACGGCAUAUUCAUUGCCAGCAUACUGCCAGCCAGCAUUGCCGACCGCUGUGGAGCCCUGUCGGUUGGCGACCAAAUACUAUCGAUUGACGAAAAUACGGUCGACAGUGGUGUGUGCUCACUGGAGGAAGCUACCGCCCUGUUGGACGCAAACUGUGUAAAAGGCUACACGCAGUUGCACAUACUUCCUGCCCAUAUGCUUGUACGGCGUCGAGGCAUUUCAUGCUCCAGCCCGCGGUACGGCUUUAACACGGUGGACUCGCGGAAAAAUCUCACCAGCAACAACAAACACAGACGAUUGUUGCGGAAAAGCUCGCUACCGCAAACAGCCGAGGACGGACUGCUCCAUCCCACCGUCGGUCUGUGCCGGGCGGAAAAGAUACACAUCAUACUGGACUGCUCGCAGGGUUCCGGCAUCUGUCUGGGGUCGAAAACGCCGUGCGGCCGUGGUUUCGUCAUUGCCCAAAUUCUACCCGACUCGGUCGCGGAACGCUCAGGCUGUCUGCAGAAAGGGGAUCGCAUUAUUGCGAUUAACAAAAUGUGCAACCUGGACGUGAACGCGGUGCGUCAGAUUUUGGGCGACUUUGGACCGGUGACGGUGGCGAACCAUUACCACAAUCAAGCGCAAACCUCGAACUGGGUAGAGCUGGAGAUUGAGUUCGAUAUGGCAGACGCGGUGGUACCGGCGAGCGGUGUGUUUAACAUCAAGCUGCUCAAGCAAAGCCGUUGUGGGCUUGGCAUCACUGUGAACGGUAAUGCACACGGUUCGUUUAUUAUCUCGGAGGUAAAACCGGGCAGUGCGGCACAUCGAACGGGGUCGUUGCGAGCAGGCGAUUUACUGAUGGCCGUCGACAACCGUCCUCUGCAGCAUUACAAUCUGGAUCUGCUGUUGAAAGAGAGCAAAAAUGAGUUCAUAACACUGACGGUAAAGCGCAACUCGUUGCCAGAUUUCUUGUUCGAUGCGCAGCAAAAGUCGUCCGGAAUUUAUGGCAGCGCAGAGGAUAGUGCUUUUACGUAUGGAAGCAGAUAUACUGAUGUAACGACGAUGCUGAAGAUGAACAACAAUACCGAAUCGUACCCGAUAGAGGAUCAACUACGUCGCCCAAUGUGGUCUAAUACACCUUCCUACGAUGGAGUCGGCACAAGCCAGAGCACUGGAACGCUGAAAGCACCCGCACAAACCGGCGGCAGCACCGAACAUCUACCCUUACCACCGGCCCAUCUGCUCAACGUGGAGAGCGAACCUGCCGAGGACCGGUACGACGACAUUAUGCACUACAAGAUGGUGUCGAUGAAUAUCAGCAACACCAACUACGUCGGUUUCGGUAGUGCCUCUACGGCGUCACCUGAUAACACGAUCGCGUAUGCAAAUGAACAACAACCACCACCUUCACUCCCGCCACAACCGCUACCUGCGGCAGCAUUACCAGCAGAGGACGUGCGGCAACACGUCUUUAACGUGCGACUCGAGCCGAACGGUGGCCCGCUGGGUAUAACGCUUGCGGCCAGCGAAGAUCUGCAGAAACCCAUCAAGAUUAGCGCCGUGGCGGAGGGUGGUGUGGCGGCAAGCGUUGGCCAACUGCAGGUGGGCGAUUGUUUGCUAGCAAUCAAUGGAGAAAGUGUCAGCGGGUUACCACUCACCACCGCCACCAAGUUGCUGCAGAAGUUUGAAAACGUGGUAGACCUGCAGAUCGCACGGUCCGAACCGGUGGCAGAUGGGUUAGCGUCGGCAGUGUACGCCAAGGUACAGCGCAGACCCCGCAGUCCGUCGAUUAAUGAUGCUGCCUCGAACAACUCGUACGGGCAAGGUGGUACGCCGGGUAACUUCCAGACGAUGCAUGUGACGCUGUUCAAGGAUCGCGUAUACGAUGACUACGGCUUUUCCGUGUCGGAUGGACUGUACGAGCGUGGAGUCUACAUCAACCGUAUACGGUCCGGUGGUCCGGCUGAUCUAGCCGGUCUGCUCAGACCGUUUGACCGUAUUAUACAGGUGAACGGGACAAAAACGCAGGACUUUGACUGCUGUCUAACGGUCCCACUGAUAGCUGCGGCUGGUGACAAGAUAGAGCUGGUCAUACAACGUACCCUUUCGGAGUAG